GAGAACCUUACAUCCCAAGUUAUAUGGAUCCUUUAGCUGGCCCUGAACCUUGUGUUGUUUGUGGUGAUAACGCAACUGGAUUUCACUAUCGUGCUAUGACAUGUGAAGGUUGCAAAGGAUUUUUUCGACGUUCAGUACAGAAAAAAUUGGUUUAUACUUGCAAGUUUCAAGGUCACUGCUCUGUAUCUGAUAAACAAAAUCGAAAUAGUUGUCAAAAAUGUCGCUUUGAUAGAUGCAUUAGCGGCGGUAUGGCUAAGGAUCUCGUACUUGAUGAAGAUAAACGUUUAGCUAAACGUCGUCUAAUCGAAGCAAAUCGAGCACGUAAAAGAGCUGAAGCUAUAGAAGCCUCCACUGCUGCAUGUGUUACAGAUCCAUCAAUUAAUAUACCUAAUUUUACAAAUCCUAAUUCAGUAUCAAAAUAUCAUUUCAUUCACAAUCAGCCAAUCUCUACAUCGAACACCAUCUCUAGUACACCUGUUAUUAUGUCAACGGUUCCUUAUCAUUCUACAAUCCAUCCUAAUACUCAUUUUACCAAUCAAUUUGCACUCAGUUCAACAACUGGAAGUCAGUUUAACUGUAAUCCUAUUCAAACACGUUAUUUGGAGGUAACCAACAAUGAUAGCCACUCAUUUGUCGAUCCAAAAACUCCAGAUGCAACAUAUUCACCUGCAAAUGAGGCACAAUUAAUUGUACAACCUAUUCAAAGAAUCGAUAAAUUACAACUAACUACUAUGCCCAACAACAUAUACUGGAAUCCUAUAUGCGGAGCUCCGUAUAAACAGUGUUUCAUGAAUGAUACUAGUAAUCAUGAUAACAAUAAUUCUAAAAUCCCACUUUCAUUUAAAGAAUCCAUCAAUGGAAUUCAGUUGUCUAGUGUAUCAAUGCAAAUUAACAAAACUCCAUUAUAUUCUAGUGAAGAUGGUUACUGCAACUUACCAAGUAAAUAUAAUUAUUUUAAUAGCCAACAAAGUGUGUGUACGAAUGCUGAAGAUAAUAACCGAAUUAACAAUAUCAAUGUUAAUAAUGUCCAAACAAAUACAGAUUAUGAGCCUCAACAGUAUUCUCCUAUAACACCUGAGAAAUGUCAAACAUUAUCUUGUGAUCAACCAGCGAUCAAAGAUCAUUUAUCAGUUUCAUAUCCUAAGUAUAUUAGUAUGAUGGAUUCAAAUGAUACAGUGCAUAAUGACUGCCCAUGGACAACAGAAGAUCAAAAUAUGGUUGAUUCUAUUGUUCAAGCUUAUAGUAAUAUGUUGAAUCCAAACUUCAAACGAAAGAUUGACAAUGGAGAUGUUGACAAAGAACCUGAGAAAGCUUUCUAUUCUUCAACAGAUUCAAAAAUCAGUUCACUUAUUGAACCAAUGAUUGCAUCACUUGUUGCAUUCGCCAGAUUAGUUCCUGGAUUUGAAUUGUUAGAUGCCAACGAUCAAACGCGUUUGUUACGUGGCUGCUGCUUAGAUAUUAUCACUCUACGUGCUGCGUACUUAUUAAGUCGCAUUGCUGUCUCACUUGGAAUUGUUGAUUCUAAUGGACAUAACAAGCCACAAUCUACAACAAGUCCAUUAGAUUCGGUCGAUAUUUUUGUGCAGAAUCUUCCUUCACAUCAACACAAUGUUGCGUCUGUUAUUCCAAAUAAUAUUUACCCUCAAUUAGGCACUUCUGAUGUGAAAUGUGCCCAGAUGAUUCGUGCGGUAGCAUUGAAAUUAGCUCGCCUUGAAAUCGACCAAACAGAAGUUGCAUUAAUGACAUCUAUUUUAUUAAUGUCCCCAGAUCGUUUUGGCUUAACUGACUGUGAAACUGUCGAACAUACUCAGGAUAUUUUAUUGGAGACGUUCAAUCGUUAUGCUAAUCGUAUUCGAAAAAUUCGUUCCAAUCGAAUGAAUCAUAAUAACAUGUCAAGUCGUUCAGUUAACAUCAAUGGAAUUUCACAACAACAACAACAACAACAGUACUGGCCGAGGAUUCUCAUGGCUUUAACUGAAUUGCGUUCAAUUACGUUGUGCAACCAAGGUUUAUUUGUGGAAAAAGCCUACGGCAAUACAACUGAACAGUUGCCAUGGUAUUUUCAUGAGUUAUUCACCGGAGACUUUAUAAUUCAAGAGACUAAUAUUUAUAGCUUUGAGCGUGGCACCAAUAAUGACAAUAAUAAUAAUUUGUGUUGAAUGUAAAGCGCCUAACCUUUUAUGAAAAUAUCAAGGUAUACCAGUAUUGCUCAUUGUUAUUAUUAUUAUUAUUAUUAUUAUUAUUAGACUUGCAAGUGAAUAUGUAGAUAAACAGUGGACUAUGCUUAUAAUGCUUUUAUUUCGUCUCAUUUUCACUUGUGUCAUGCCUUUCUCUGUGAGUUUUUUUCUUCAUUUCUAUGUUGUUACUUUGUUUCAUUUUUUAACUUACAAUAUGUUUUAUUUUGUUAUCUGUAUAUUACUCACCAUUUUCUCUUCCUCUUUGUGUUAAUUACAUAAUAUCAUUCUACAAAAUGAUAUAUCACCAUUCUUUGACAAUAAGUAAGGAAACUUUUAUAACAACAGAAUAGUAGUAUUUGUUUGUUCGUUAUUUUGAUGGAAAAAAAUUACUCCUCAUUUCACUAACAUACCAUUUAAAUUAUAUUGAUUUUAGUAAAUAAAAAGACGAAAUUUGUACAAUGACUUAAAGUGAUGUGUAUGUACUUCAAUUCAUUUGAUCUAGAGCUUCACGUUCAUAAAAAUCUUCGUUUAUUUCGUCAAAUACUUUUUUUAGAUUAGUUAGGAUUUUUUUCUAUUUUCUGUCUACCUCUACAGGAUAUUGACAAUAGAAUUUUUAUUUAAGUAUUAAUACACAGUGAAAUGUGUCAUUUGGUCUCAGUACUACUAGUGAUUCAUUUUAUAUUCUUAAUUAUUACUUUCGAUUAAAUGCAUAUUAAUAAAUGUACUACUACUAUUAUUAUUAUUGUUAUUAUUAUUAUUAUUAUUAUUAUUGAUAGUAGUACCAAUGAAGUAAUGCCACUAAUAACCAUAAAACGUAGCAUAUAAUUUUCAGAAUUCUUUUUCUUCAACUUAACACCCUUAUGUCAUCAUGCGUUUUACCACUCAUCAUUAUCUUCUCAGAUAUAAUAGUGGUCUACUUACCUUUCUUUUUUCUUCUAUAAUAAACAAUUUAAGAGUGGUUCGUCCAUCAGAGUAAACAACUUAUUAAAAUACUGUGUCGACAUAUUGAUUCACAUGUGUUAGUUGCAUACAUUUUACUAACCUGCCUUUUGUUUGACUUAAUCUGUCAGUACAUAUUGUAGAUAUAUGAAAACAACACAAGGAUCCAUAUUCGUGUGUACCAUCCUCAUCGAUAUCUGUAUGACGUCUUAUAUCAAAUGUGAUUUUAUUCCUUCUUUUUUCGUUGAUUGUUUUUAUAAGAAUACAAACAAUCUUGAUAAAUGGUUAAAAAUUAUCAAGCAUACAAGGAUCUUACUUUUAAUUAGGCAUUCCUUGUUUGUGUGUGAGCGGUUUUUUUUUAAUUUUUCUUUGUAUAAAUGUGCAUGCUCUUAUAUCUUACAGAAAAAACUUGUUUUCAUUCAUUAAAAUACUUCUUCCCAUACCUGGUGCUUGUCUACUUAGUGUUAGGUGGUUGAAGGUGUUCGGCGGUAAACCCUGGAAUUAGGUUUCGUGCCAGUUAGUGCUUGUCAUCGAGGCGCAUCUGUAUUAUUAAAGGAGUUCAAUCCCCUUAUAGAAUUCGAACCCCGACAACUCAGUUUUACAGUUUAAGGUCUUCCCAUUGAGCUGUUCGGGAUGUAACUGGCACGUAUGCCCGAGUCGUAUACACCGAUUGAUUACUUGGUAGUACCCAAUGUCAUAUUCUUCUAGUCCUUAGGUCUGAUCUAGGUUCUUGAUUAUCAUUUGGUGUAUCCGACAUAUUUUUCUCAUUUUUAGAAGAAAUUUCAUCAAGAACAUGUGAAUCAUUAAGAUAACCCAUACCUGGUAAAACAACUAGAGAAUCCCGAUAACUAGAUUCGUCAGGAAUUUUGUCGCAGAAUGAUGAGCUCCAUUUGGUGCAGCUGUACUCAUUAUGCUGCUCGGUUUAUUUUCUGUUUCUUCAUGGGCGGGUACUUCAACAAUUUCAACAGCAUUUAACAAGACCCCGUCUUUCUGUGAGCUGGACAAGUCACUGCUUGAACAUUGUCGUUCGGGGAUAAUGAGAUUUGAACCCACUACAGGGCAUGUCUCUGAAAUGGACGUUUCUAGACCUCUGGGCAGAUCAUGAAUGACUGCUACUGUUUCGUUUAAAUUACUGCUUGUCAAGGAUCAAUGGAGGCUUUCACUGACACAUUCAUCCAUUCUGCAAUCAUUUUCCAGCUCUUUACGCAAUUUAGGAAUAGAUUCAUCAACUACCGUCACACAACACAUGGAUGAUUCAGCAGCCGUGUGUGCAAUUUGUCGAUCAAUUCCAACUAACCCUUCUUAAAACGCUGCUGUUGUUGCUGAAAAUAACAACAGCAAUUGAUCGGGAGAGAGAGUCAUUUUAUG